CCUCCAGCAGUUUCUAUCAGUCUCUAUCAGUCUCCAAUCAGUCUCUAUCAGUCUCCAUGCAGUCUCCAUCAGUCUCCAUGCAGUCUCUAUCAGUCUCCAAUCAGUCUCCAUGUAGUCUCCAUGCAGUCUCCAAUCAGUCUCUAUCAGUCUCCAAUCAGUGUCCAUGUAGUCUCCAUGCAGUCUCCAUGCAGUCUCUAUCAGUCUCCAAUCAGUGUCCAUGUAGUCUCCAUGCAGUCUCCAUGCAGUCUCUAUCAGUCACCAAUCAGUCUCCAUGUAGUCUCCAUGCAGUCUCCAAUCAGUCUCUAUCAGUCUCCAUGCAGUCUCCAUCAGUCUCCAUGCAGUCUCUAUCAGUCUCCAAUCAGUCUCCAUGUAGUCUCCAAUCAGUCUCCAUGCAGUCUCCAAUCAGUCUCCAUGCAGUCUCUAUCAGUCUCUAUCAGUCUCCAUGCAGUCUCCAUGCAGUCUCCAUGCAGUCUCCAUCAGUCUCCAUCAGUCUCCAUGUAGUCUCUGUGCAGUCUCCAUCAGUCUCCAUGCAGUCUCCAUGUAGUCUCCAUGCAGUCUCUAUCAGUCUCCAAUCAGUCUCCAAUCAGUCUCCAUGUAGUCUCCAUGCAGUCUCAAAUCAGUCUCCAAUUAGUCUCCAAUCAGUCUCCAAUCAGUCUCCAUGCAGUCUCCAUGCAGUCUCUAUGUAGUCUCCAUGCAGUCUCCAAUCAGUCUCCAAUCAGUCUCCAUGUAGUCUCCAAUCAGUCUCCAUGUAGUCUCCAUGCAGUCUCUAUGCAGUCUCUAUCAGUCUCCAGCAGUCUCCAUGUAGUCUCCAUGCAGUCUCUAUGUAGUCUCCAUGCAGUCUCCAAUCAGUCUCCAUGCAGUCUCCAAUCAGUCUCCAUGUAGUCUCCAUGCAGUCUCUAUCAGUCUCCAUGCAGUCUCCAUGCAGUCUCUAUCAGUCUCCAUGCAGUCUCCAAUCAGUCUCCAUGCAGUCUCCAUGUAGGAGUGACAGUAGGACAGGAGUGACAGGAGUGACAGGAGGACAGGAGUGACCAGAGGACAGGAGGACAGGAGUGACAGGAGGACAGGAAUGACAGGAGGACAGGAGGACAGGAGGACAGAGUGACAGAAGUGACAGGAGUGACAGGAGGACAGGAGGACAGGAGUGACAGAGUACAGGAGGACAGGAGUGACAGGAGGACAGAGGACAGGAGUGACAGAGGACAGGAGUGACAGGAGGACAGGAGGACAGAGGAAGGAGUGACAGGAGGACAGGAUGUGACAGGAGGACAGGAGUGACAGGAGGACAGGAGUAAGGAGACAGGAGGACAGGAGGACAGGAGUGACAGGAGGACAGGAGGACAGGAAGGACAGAGGAAGAGAGGACAGGAGUGGACAGGAGGACAGGAGUAGACAGGAGUGACAGAGGACAGGAACAGGAGGACAGGAGUGACAGGAGGACAGGGAAGGAGGACAGGAGGACAGGAGGACAGGGAGAGGACAGGAGUGACGGAGGACAGAGGACAGGAGGACAGGAGUGACAGAGGACAGGAGACAGGAGGACAGGAGGACGGAGGACGGAGGACAGGAGAGACAGGAGGACAGGAGUGACAGGAGGACAGGAGGACAGGAGGACGAGGCAGGGGACAGGAGGACAGGAGUGGGCAGCGGGACAGGAGGACAGGAGGACAGGAGACAGGAG